CAACGUCGUCCAACAAUGCACUCCCCACCUGUUGCUGACGGUACAAGAAUGUAGGACCCGCCGGUGACCAAGCGUUCGUCCAAGCUCUCGAAAGCGGCGGUGGAUGCGUGCAUUGCGCGCCAGAGCGAGUACCUUGCCGAGACUCAACGCCGCCAGCGCGCGCUUCGGGACGCGACUGCGUACCCGUUCCGGCCCCAUAUCAAUCCUCGCUCGCAACGCCUCGCCAAGCGAUUUAGCUCCAUGAACGAGACGCUGGAUCAUGCACAGCGCCGGCGCGAGUCCAAGCUCCGUAUGCUCUUGGGGCCCGAUGUGCCUGUGCGCUCGGUCGUCGUCGUCGAUGCCGCCGCCCAAGCCAAAGCGACGGCGCGCCUCAGUCGUCCGAAAGACGCGUAUUACGUGCCGGAGACCGACGACGUCGGCGUCUCUGGCAGCAGCACCUCGAUCCACGCCGCCACGUUGCUCUACGAGAAGCUCCAGGAGCAGCACACGGUCCAGCGACACGUCAGUUUGCGGCAGCACGUCGACGCGAUUCUCGACGACUAUGCUAUGGCGCCGUAG